UAUAUGCUAUUUGACAAAAUAUGGUUCAUUUAGACAUAGGAAGCAAAAAUAAUUUUUAUAGACAAUUUUAGAUCUUGAUUUUGAUCGAAAUCGAACUAACCUAACCCCCUAGAUCAUUCUUUCAUUUUUAAAAAAUCAGGUUUUCACUUUAGAGAAAAACUUUCUAUAUCUUUUUCGUAGAGUUACAUGAGAUGUAUAACGAAAAAAAGUUUGAAUCCAAAAUGUUCAUUAUUGAGAGCAUUAUUGUUAAUUAUUAUACCAACGUCAACGUUGGUACGAGGCACCUCAUACUUUAUCUUAAUCCAUACUUAUCAUAAAAAUUUCAUCAACGUGUGUCGUUAAUUAUCAAUACCGAUUAUUUUUCACCAUCCUCUGGAGAAACUUUCAAAUAUUUAGCAAGUUUUUAAUGAACAUCUCCGUUGCUAACCUUCAUCGACAAAACAUCGGGGAAGAUGACGACCAAGCUUUGUACAUUGACAAACUUUGUGUCUAAAACUUUAAAUCGCGUCAAUUUAAAGCAUUAUUCGCGAUCGCCUGUCGCCUAUACCGAUAUCGACAUAAAUGCAGAGAAUUGGAGAGAAGAACUCUAUAAUACCAUGCAAGUUAUACCAAAUUUUGUCAGCGUCCAAGAGGAAAAUUCUUUGAUCGAAGAAGUUGAUCCUUAUAUGAAGAGACUUCGAUACGAACAAUCCCAUUGGGACGAUGCGAUACAUGCUUAUAGAGAGACAGAGCGAAAGCAAUGGAACGAAAAUAACGUAAAGAUUAUAAACAAAAUUCGUGAGAAAGCAUUUCCUAAAGAUACGAGUCAACUUACCUUGAUACACAUUCUGGACCUAGCACCCGAGGGAUGGAUAAAACCACACGUCGAUAGUAUUAGGUUCUGCGGAGACAUCAUCGCUGGUUUAAGUCUAUUGAGCGACAGUGUAAUGAGACUUACAAUGGUUGGAAAGGAAACAACAACCAAACAUGAUUUUCUAUUACCAAGGAGAUCUUUAUAUGUAAUGAGUGGCGUAGCAAGGUAUGAUUAUAAUCAUGAGAUCUUGAAGAACGAAGAAUCUUACUUCGAAGGACAACAUGUACCUAAAGCAAGACGUAUCUCAAUAAUAUGCAGAUGCCAACCGAAUAGUAAUAGUUAGAAAUAUGUAUGUUUGUUCUGUAGAUUUAUACUGUACAUGAUAAAGUUAACGAGAGUAUUAUAUCAAUUUAUAUGUAUUAUUAUUUAUUUUCUAAGGUAUGCUGUGCAUUUGUAUAAUGUGUGUAUGAUAUAUAGUGCGUGUGCAGCUGUGCGAUGUGUGCACAAUAUAUGUGUUUUUGGGUGUUUUGAGAAUUAACGAAUGUCUUUGUUUAUUCCAAUUAGUUACGUUGCAUGAUAAAGACGUAUGAAUACAUAUUCUAUUUUUCUGUGAAAUUUAGUUACACGAGAUUUAUGUGAAAAUAAAUGACUCUACUUAAGAA